AUGGCAGAAGAGGAUAAUACUCUUCAAAUUGUCACUGGCGCCAGCGCGACAAAAAGCCUCUCAGAGGCAGCACACAGCCCCCUUAUAAAGUGGGAAUGGACAUCAGUCAAUCUCUCGAUUCCGGGACUGCCGACGCGACCGCUACGCAGUGCUGAGCGAGUAGGCCUGGACACGCGGGUGGUUCCGAGUCCUGCAGUCCCAGGAGCUUUUCAUAUUCCUCCGAAAGCGGAUUUAGAAAAAAACGUUGUCGUGGCCUACCACCCGCAAGUUCACAACAAAAACGUGUCGUACCGGAUUGAGACGAAGCCGCUUCACGCCACGUAUAGAAACUUGGCGGUGAAGCACCACCAAGCACUCCGGAUGGGUGCCGAUUUUGUAGCCAAAAUGAACGUGAAAGGUUUCUGGUUCCCGCCUCCCCCGGAAGGCGUUUCUCCGGCUCCGCUUGUGCAUCUGAUUGACGAGAAAAUGACUGCCUUCGACCUUGCACCUGGCGCAUCUGAUAUCUUGACGCAGCGGAACGAGAAUCUCCAAGUGCAGGCUACAGCCGCGUUCAUGUCGCAAAUGACGGCGUGGAGUUUGGGGCGUUGGCUGAUGACGAGGAAGCAUAGUCCGUAG